UGACAGAUCACAUGACUGCAUGAAUGAACAAGCCCUUUGUUAAUUGAAGUCAGUCAACCUGCUGCCUGCAGGCAUUGUGGGCUGUCGUCUGUGCGCUCGUAUACAAGCUACCUUUGACUUUUGGAGUACUCCCACAGAGGAUAUCACGCAGAGUGGACCAGGAUGAAGAACAUUUUCCUGCUUCUGUUGGUUGCAUUAACAGCCCUCGCGGAGUCUCAACAAGGCUACAACAUCAGACGUGACAAGCGGGAGUUUUUGGUGCGUUCCAAAAGAAGGUGGGUUUUGUCUACGAUUGAAAUAGUAGAGGAAGAUGAAGGGCCAUUCCCCAAAAACAUUACAGAGAUGUAUAAUGACAAGACGGAUCAGGAGGGGCAAAUCUACCGUAUCGCUGUAACGAAUGCGGCCGGUAACCCCAUUGAUGGAUUUUUCUCCAUUGAUGGAAAUACCGGAGUCGUCUCUGUCCAUAAACGUAUUGACCGAGAGGAAAUCGAUCUCUUCAAAAUCACGUUUGACAUCUUAAGCAAAACGACUCUUAGAGAAAUAGACAAAAGACUAGCUUUUGAUGUACAAGUAAAGGACAUCAAUGACAACGCCCCGGCAUUUAUCGACCUUCCUUUGAAGGUGGAUGUGAAGGAAAAUACGGAAGAAGGGUACUUGCCAGUGCAGCUGAAGGUCAUGGACAGAGAUCAGCCGAACACACCUAACUCUAUGUUCACCAUCAGAGUGGUUAAACAGACCCCAGCAGAGCCCAAGAUUGAUUUGGAGCGAAUGAAUGACGGAAUGGCCCAGCUCACCUUUACAGGAUGUUUUGACUACGAUAAAGUACAGAAGUAUGAAGUUACUGUUGAAGCAAAAGAUCAAGGAAACCCGUCCCGUUCCUCUACUGCUGUUAUUACUCUCAAUGUUGUUGACUCAAACAGUCAUCCACCAACAUUCAAGGAGAAAAAGUACCAAGGUGAGGUGUUAGAAUCAACCAUCAAGGACGAUAUUUUGAGAAUUGCGGUAGACGACAAAGACACUCCUAAAACUCCUGGCUGGCGUGCCAAAUACUACUUCAUUGAUGGGAAUAAGGAAGAAAACUACAAAAUUGAAACUGACCCCACAACUAAUGAGGGUAUUCUGAGUGUCAUCAAGGGCAAGGAUUAUGAGACGACAACUAAAACAAUCCUGCGGAUUGGUGUAGAGAAUGAGGAACCUUUAUUUGUUUGUAAAUCUAAAUCAACUGGUCCCGCCGCCCCACCUCCAGAUACAGUAAACAUCACAAUGAAAGUGAUAGAUGACAAUGACCCACCUUACUAUGAGAAAGAUCAUGUUGAUGUGCAGCAGAAAGAAGAGGAGGAGCCAGGAAAGGUGCUGUUCACUCCAAUAGUGAAAGAUGUUGACUCAGACGAAUCCAAAAUCAGGCAUAUGAUAAUAAAAGAUCCAGCUGGCUGGGUGACCAUUGAUGAGAAAACAGGAAAACUCACAACAAUUAAGAAGAUGGACAGAGAGUCACCCUUUGUUGAUGACAAAGGCAUUUACAAAAUCAUCGUCGGUGCUAAAGAUAAUGGUGAGCCUCCAUGCACGGGUACAUGCACUGUCCUGGUCCACCUCAGGGAUAUCAAUGACAACGUGCCCAAGCUGGUCAAUAAAGGGGUCAUUAUGUGUGGAAACAAGGGCAACAUGGUCAUGGUGUCUGCCAACGACACAGACGCCGAUCCUUUCAGUGGACCCUUCGCCUUCUCCUUGGGGAGUGACGACAAAACUCUGACGCAGCGAUGGAAACUAGACCCUGCCUUUGGUAAGGAAGGUGGGCUUGUUAGCCUGAAGACGCUUGCUUAUGGUAACUACUCAGUGCCCCUGGUGAUUCAAGACCAACAGAACUCGAUUGGACGUGAUACUUUGAACGUGAUAGUGUGUGACUGCGGAGAGGGAGAUGUUUGUCGUAGCAAAGUGCCGUCCUCAUCCAGCCUUGGGCCAGCGGGCAUUGGACUGCUCCUUCUAGGACUCCUAUUAUUUUUGUUACUGCUCCUCCUCUUUAUGUGUCAGUGUGGAGAUAGGGAGGAGCCCAUGACCAUGGUGGAGGAUGAGGGCAACCAGACCCUCAUCAAGUACAACCAAGAAGCAGGGGGCUCUGAAUGCAAGGCUGUGCCCACUCUGCUCCUGACACCUAGAAACAGUGUGGCUGUGACAGACGGCCUAAAAAAUGGCACCAUGCAGAACUAUACCAUGACUUCAAUGGACAUGCAGCCUCACAGAGACACUAUCAGAAGCCAGGGAGGUCAGACCAUGUACUCUACAUGGACUACAAACAUGUCGAAAACCUACCAGGGAGGCUCAUCAAGAUACAACCGCUCUCUCAGCCUGAAGUCAAAUCACCAGAUCACAGAUCACAUCACCAGGGGAGGCUCAUCAAGAUACCACCGCUCUCUCAGCCUGAUGUCAAAUCACCAGAUCACAGAUCACAUCACCAGGAGAUUGCACACGAUUGAUGGAAAACAUGUGGACCACCCUGUGUACCUACCCUACGAGUAUGCCUACGAGGGACAGGGCAGCCAAUGCCAGUCUCUGGAUAGCCUGUCGCUCAGCAACCUGGGAGAUGAUUUGAUGUUUCUAAAUAAUUUGGGGCCAAAGUUCAAGACCUUGGGAGGCAUCUGUCACCAGACACUUCAAGGAAAAAACAUACAGCUCUAAAAGGCACCACUGGACUGGGAUUUUCAUAUCAAGCAAAUUGCUCUUCGGUCCGAGUUUGAGAUUUUAAUUUUGGACUGAUCUGACUGGAUCUUUGAAGAAAAGAUAUAUGACAAUGGUUGGAUUACAUCUCACAUAUUCAUAUAUUGUAUAUUGGCAUCCCCACGGAACAAGGAUUUUUAGCUUUUGAGGUUUGAUGUUUAUACGACGAGUUUGCUUGCUUGAAGAUAGGGGCACUGCACAAACUGUCUCUGGUGCUCUGGUGAUUUUGAAAUGUUACGUUUGACAGUGACUGGGUGUGUUUUUUACUUUGCUGCCACGUCGCAGUUGUAUCUUUUACAAAAGGACCGGCAGAAAUUUGACUGGUUAAUAUCAUUGUAGUUCAACAAUAUUGGGACAAUGGUAUUGUUCCUACUAAACAGAGCUGUGGCCUGCUGUUUAUGAUUUGGUGAUACAGCGUUGAGGUAUUGACACUGUCUUGCAACAGUACAUAGUUCCUUUAUUGCUUUGUUUUCUUGUGUGCAUUUUUGAAUCAAAACAUUGAAAUGCAGUAUUUGAAAAGAA